GGACUUAGCUGACACCAGCGGACGCAGGCCGGAGGAGCCAGCGGAAGAUGAAGAGACGACGACGACGACGAUGAUUCGAGCCGCCGUCGAAGCCGUCCAUUCCUCCCCUUCUCAGGCCGUCCUCUACCUCACCGGCGGCGCCUCUCAGGCCCUCGGGUGGUUGAUGUCGGUUCCCGGAGCGUCCAGCACCGUCCUCGAGGCCGUCGUCCCUUACUCCAGAAUGUCCACGAUACAGUUGCUCGGCAAGAAUCCUGCUCAAUUCUGUAGCAAGCAAGUCGCGGAGGAAUUGGCGCUGCUGGCUUACAACCGUGCUCUCAAGCUUUCUAGAACAGAUUCCCCAGUUAUUGGAGUGGGUUUCACUGGCUCUUUGGGCGGAAAACAUCCAAAGCGUGGAGAUCAUAGGUUUCAUGUGUCGGCUAGAACAUCUGACAGAAGCUGGGUGUCUACAGUUACCUUGUCAAAGGGAUUGCGAACAAGGGAGCAAGAAGAUAAGGUCUCAAGCCAGUUUCUGCUGAAGGCAAUUGCAAAUGCAUGCAGAGUACCAUCAACAUCAAUUUCAGAGUUGACAGAAUCCGAUUUGUCAAGCGAAUCUGAAAAAACUUUUGAUGAAGAUGAAGAAUUGGAGCAGCUUAUAAAUGGCGAAGUAUGCUUCAAGAUGUAUCCUUUCUCCAAUGAUUCACAUGCGUCGGAUGCAGAAAGAAAGAUCAUUUUGUCUGGUUCAUUUAAUCCAUUACAUGAUGGUCAUCUGAAGUUGUUGGAAGUUGCUUCUAGUAGCCCUGGCAAAGGGUAUCCAUGUUUCGAAAUUUCAGCAGUAAAUGCGGAUAAACCUCCACUAUCAGUGCAAGAAAUAAAAGAUCGAGUGAAGCAAUUCGAAAGAGUUGGAAAAACUGUGAUAAUAUCUAAUCAACCAUUUUUCUAUAAGAAAGCGGAGCUUUUUCCAGGCAGUGCUUUUGUAAUUGGUGCAGACACAGCAGUGAGACUCAUUAAUCCAAAAUAUUAUGACGGGGAUUAUAAGAAGAUGCUGCAAAUACUUAUUGGAUGCAAAAGCACUGGAUGCACUUUUCUGGUGGGCGGUCGUAAUGUAGAUGGAGUUUUCAAGGUUCUCGAGGAUUUUAACAUUCCGGAUGUUUUGAAGGACAUGUUCGAAUCAAUCCCUCCUGAAAGGUUUCGCAUGGAUGUUUCAUCCACUGAAAUAAGGCGAAGUCGUGGACUGUUAUGAUAUACAGAUGGCAGAGACAAAGGAAUGGCGACUUUGUCAGUAAAUUCAUUGUUAUAUUAUUAUAUGUAUGUCCACGUGUCACUCAACUCUUAUAUAUGCCCGUACAGAGAGGCAUUAUACCAUACCUCUGGUGAAAUAAAAAAUCUCAAAUAAAGAAUAUAUAUCUUGGAUAGUUGGGUGCAACAUGCAGAUCACGAAGCGCAUUGCUUAUAUUAUUAUAUCUGUCGCUUAUCAUUUACUACUUAGUUAACCGAAAAAAGAAGAAGACCCAAAUAUGGGCUUGCUCAUUUCCAACUUGUCAUUGCAAUUUUGCUUGCUGAAAUACGAUAAGUUCUCUUAUGCUGUAUAUUCUAUUUUAAUAAAUUAGAGUCUUCUUUGAGAGA